AUGUAUAAAUAUCUUUUUACCUUUGUAUUUUUAAUAUUUCUUUCUUCCCAUUGUAUUGAUGGUGCCAAAUUUAAAGGUCAAUACACUGGUGAAUUUAUGGAUGCUACCAGUUGGGAAGGUGCUUUGGUUCCAGGUGUACAAGAGAAUGCAGAUAUCGAUAAUCCACAGUCAAGAGCUUUUAUGACUGGUCCAGGAAAUAUAACUGUCAGACUUGUUAGUGUUGGUAAUGGUUUAGAUCCAAACGACGAUCGACUAGUAGUUCAAAGAGAAAUGAAUUUAAAUGCUCUGGUCUAUGUCUACCAAAACUCAUCUAUUGAAUUUACAAACAGUAAUUUUAUUGGUGCUGGAUUUAUUAGGUUAUCUCAAGGUACAAUGACUACUGUUGCAUCGAAUUUCACUAAGGUCCAUAUUACCUAUGGUUCCAAGAUGUCAGCAUCUGGAUUGAAUCAUUUCAAUGAAAUCCAAAACAAUGGAACUGCAUCUUUUAUCGAUUGUGAAAAAGUAACCAUUGGUUCCUAUUACUCGGGCCAAUGGGAUGGUAUUAGAUUAAGACCUCAAACUACCAUUACAGAAUCAAAUAUUUCUUUUAAUAAUUUGGUUGCAAAUGGAACUGAAUUCUAUAUUAGUCAAUCUUCUGUAGAUAUCUUUGGUACUUCUUCUAUAAUAAAUUCAUAUAUCUCUUUGAAUGAAUCAAAUAUGUUAGUACCAGAAGAUGUAACUCUAUCUAUUAAUGGUACUACCUUAAGUACUUCCGGUGAAUACUUUAUUCAAGGAACUGCUGCUCUUAAUGGUCUUUCCAACUUUACCGGUUCCACUUUCGAAUUCCAAUUGGAGGGUAUACUCUAUGCCGAUGGAAUCUUCCUUUGCCAAGAGUGUACAUUUAAUACUCCCGAUUUAGACAGUGUAAUGAGUAUGAAGAAUAUCGAGUCCAUUGUAAAGUUAACCGACUCUACCAUUAAUGGUCCAGCAAACUUUACACUGGCAGGAGGUCUCUAUAUUUUGACAAAUGUAAAAUCCACCCGUCUGGUUAUUGAGAGCUAUGCUCAUAGCUACGGUGGUUUGUUUAAAGGAACCGUUAUUCAAAAUGGAUACUCUCUAGUGUUGAAUGGAUCAUCUACUUUGUUCGAAGAUGAAUUCAUCAAUAACGGUCAACUCAUUGUCACCACCAAAAUUCAAAUUGCUGACGAUGUAAAACUAGCACCCACCAUUAGAAAGAUUAAAAACAAUGGACUACUCUUUUUACUACCGAAUUCAGAGAUUCAUGCAACAGUAACUACCUACUCUACUUUUGGUACCUACUUCUGGGACUACUAUAACUCCACCGUCUAUGUUGAAACCUACAUUCAUAACGCUGGUUAUUUCGUCCUAGACAAAGGAACUACCUUCCAAUCAAGCUCACCAUUAGUAUUCAACGGAGCUCAAAGUUUCUUGCUCGGUACCAAUGGUACUAUCGACUCAUCAGUCACCAUGAACGCAACCAUGAAAAUCGAAAAGGUUACUGUCAACGAAAACUUUGUAUCUCAGGAAGCUUCUAUUCUAUCGUUCAGUCUCAACACUACCGUUCCUCUGAUGAUUGUUAAAGGUUCUGCUACAUUCGAUGGUAGUGUAUUGAUCAAUGUCCUACCGAAUCCAGACAUCGUCAAGAAUACCACCUACGAAUUGAUCACAUUCAGUGACUACUCUGGAAAUUUCACAUUGAUCAGAAUCCAAAGUACCGAUGUCCAUUUGAACAAUCAAUUGAGCCAGUGUGCUAGCACUUCUCUAACAAACACAGCGUUCACUAUUACAUUCAAUGGAUGUGAUGCUACACCAUCAACAACCACUGGCACACCAACCACCGGUGCACCAACAACUGGUGUACCUGGACCAACCACAACAUCAUCACCAUCUUCAGAAGAACCAUCAUUUGCUCUCUCCAAGAUUUCAUACCUGUCAAUAUUAAAUCUUACUUUAACUAUUUUAGCUUUAUUAUUACUAUAA